AUGUCGACUAAACUGCAGGUCUCGAAGGCGGUGACCAAGAAAAACACAGCCACGGGUGGCCCCGUGCAAAGUCCAGGCAAGGUGCAGAAUGGUACGAAGAAGAAGAGCACGGAGGCUGCUCCCAAACCCCGGACAUCUAGCGGUGACGGCCCUCCUGGUGGCGAGGUUCGCAAGUCCAGCCGCCCUCGAAAGGCGAAAGUGUGGUUUGAGGAAGGGGCAGAUGCUACCGAAGAAGGUGCUGAUCCUGUUAAGUAUGUCGGGAACAACCUUGAUGGCGAGGAUGCCGGCGACGAGCCGGAAGAGGAAAACUUGGCGGAGGACGAUGCUGAAGAGAAGGCGGAUGAAGAGGAGGGUGACGAGGCGGAGGAAGAGGAGGGUGACGAGGCGGAGGAAGAGGAGGAUGAUGAGGCGGAGGAAGAGGAGGAUGACGAGGUGGAGGAAGAGGAGGACGAGGAGUCUGAGGAAGGGCAGGGGGAUGAGGACGAGGCUGAGAAGGGAAGUGAGAAAGGCGAUUCGGCGGAAGUGGAGGAAGGUGCGGAUGCGCACAAGCCUCAAAUCACAAGGAAGGGUAGCUUUGACGAGAUGCUGGAAGAGCAGGGUGACGCUGAUGACGAAGACAUGGAGGAUGAGGCUGUGGCUGAGGAACGUGCUAUGCUGCUUGGGAAGCUGAAGGGACUCGAUGAGAUCAAGGAACCCGUUCCACCGCGAGGGAAAGAUGCAGUCACAUCGGCUAUUGGAAAGGAUAAAGUUCUGGCGACCAAGAGUAUUCUCGGUGGGAAGUCGAAACGGGAGUUCACCUUGGUGGUUGGCGGUGCGCAGAAAAAGCAGAACACCGGUGAAGUGUCGGCCAAACCGAAGUCAACUCCUACGGCAGCAGGCGCUGGGACCAGCGGGGGAAAGGCCAAGGCAGGCGCUGGGGCAAGCUGGUUAAAGGCCAAGGCAAGCGCUGGGGCAAGCGGGGUAAAGGCCAAGGCAGGCGCUGGGACCAGCGGGGUAAAGGCCAAGGCAGGCGCUGGGACCAGCGGCGUAAAGGCCAAGGCAGGCGCUGGGGCUAAACCGACCUCUAAGGAGGCCAACACAAAAACCAAAGGUCAGACUUUUGCCGCAUUGUAUAGCACUGCGGGAUGGUACCACUUUUUAUUCGUGGCAUGCUUGCUGAUGUCACGUCGCUUUCCAUCCUUCCCUGCCGUCGCUUUCCUCCCAUCCAUGCCGUCGCCGUCAUCCCAUCCCUGCCGUCACCUUCAUCCCAUCCCUGCCGUCCCCUUCAUCCCAUCCCUGCCGUCACCUUCAUCCCAUCCCUGCCGUCACCUUCAUCCCAUCCCUGCCGUCACAUUCAUCCCAUCCCUGCCGUCCCCUUCAUCCCAUCCAUGCCGUCCCCUUCAACCCAUCCCUGCCGUCACCUCUGACCCGUCCCUCAGUCACCUUUCCUCCAUCUCUUCCGUCCCGUAUACAAUCAGCAGCUACCAAUCAGUACUCUGGAGCUGCACCACCGGUGAAGGUAUAGGGAGGUUUAGGGAGGUGAUGCUUUACCUAAACCCCAACUCCCCUCUGCUUGCCUGCCCACUCUCCCCUCAACCCCAAACCCCACUUGCUUCCCCAUCCAGGCAUAGGGAGGUGAGGCUUUACCUAAACCCCAACUCCCCUCUUGCUUGCCUGCCCACUCUCCCCUCAACCCGAAACCCCACCUGCUACCCUAAAUACAGGCCUAGGGAGCACAACGAUGCCAGCACCAGAGGGGUCUUUUUCGAGCAGCUGUCCUCAACUAGGACUUCUAUCAACGGCUGGAUGAGAAAGGUGGCACUAACGGCGUUGGGUCGGCAGGCGAACAGGUGCUACUUGGGGAGGUUACCAGCAGAUCUGCUUGCACCACUCGAGUUCUACACGGAUGAGGAGCUCAUCGCACGUUACAAGGAUGGGGAGAGGGGGCUGGCAUGGCAUCGGGAGCUCCUCAUCCCUUUCGGCAGCCUCAUCUUCUCGGUGUCCAUCAAGUUGGCUUUGGCGCGUCGUGGGGUCAAUACCGAGAAGAUUAAGACCCGCCAGCUGGGUUGGAUCCUAUAUGCGUUUGAGUGGCCAAUCCUCAACAACGCGCCUGAUGGGAAGUUGAGCGGCAAGUGGGAGUACAAUCGGAUCCAGUACGAGGAGAUGUGCACCCGUGUGAAGCGAGAGGUCGAGAUCGCUGUCAUUGACCAUGGUGUCCCAUACGCCAGCAACACGAACACAUUCAACUUCCCCAACGGCGUCUACAUCGACGCCUCUGACAUGGAGACCCUUGUCAGCAGGGUGCAGGUAACAUUGCUGAAUUCCUCCCAUCUCAUCCGUCCCCUUCCUCCCAUCUCAUCCGUCCCCUUUCUUCCAAUCUCAUCCGUCCCCUUCUUCCCAUCUCAUCCGUCCCCUUCCUCCCAUCUCAUCCGUCCCCUUCCUCCCAUCUCAUCCGUCCCCUUCUUCCCAUCUCAUCCGUCCCCUUCUUCCCAUCUCAUCCGUCCCCUUCCUCCUAUCUCAUCCGUCCCCUUCCUUCCGUCCCCUUCCGUCCCCUAUGCCUCUUUGCACAGGCUGCACGACCUGCACCAGCCCGGGCUGGGCGUAGCAGUGGCAGUAACAACUAGUAGCCGCAGCAUGGGGACAUGCGGAGCAGCAGUGGCAGCAACGGGACAGGUGCGGAGCAGCAGGGGCAGCAUGGGGACAGGUGUGGAGCAGCAGGGGCAGCAGGGGGACAGGUGCGGAGCAGCAGUGGCAGCAUGGGGACAGGUGCGGAGCAGCAGUGGCAGCAUGGGGACAGGUGCGGAGCAGCAGUGGCAGCAUGGGGACAGAUGUGGAGCAGCAGGGGCAGCAUGGGGACAGGUGCGGAGCAGCAGUGGCAGCAUGGGGACAGGUGCGGAGCAGCAGGGGCAGCAUGGGGACAGGUGCGAAGCAUCAGGUGCAGCAGGGGGACAGGUGCGGAGCAGCAGUGGCAGCAGGGGGACAGGUGCGGAGCAGCAGUGGCAGCAUGGGGACAGGUGCGGAGCAGCAGUGGCAGCAUGGGGACAGGUGCGGAGCAGCAGGGGCAGCAUGGGGACAGGUGCGGAGCAGCAGGGGCAGCAGGGGGACAGGUGCGGAGCAGCAGGGGCAGCAGGGGGACAGGUGCGGAGCAGCAGGGGCAGCAGGAGGACAGGUGCGGAGCAGCAGGGGCAGGAGGGGGACAGGUGCGGAGGAGCAUAG